CGCGUUUUUCCCUGCAGUUCAAUGUGGUCCAGCUGGGGCUGUAGCGCGGCGGCCGGGCUUUUGGGGGCGCUGUCCGCCUCCUCCGCUAAAUUUGCCCUGGGUGCGGAUUAUAUGAGGGACCUGUGUGCGGUUACAGUAGGGGAGCGGGCAGAUGUCUGCGAGUGGGUCCACCUCGUCCUCCGCCUGGGCUGUGCCGGCCUGGUGUUGCUGUGUAAUGCCGCCAUGUGGACCUUCUUUGCUAAGGCUUUAAGAUAUUCUUCAUCCUCAGCUGCUGCCACUGUGACAACCACCGCUUCAAAUUUUGUGUCUUCAGCUGUCCUUGGCAAAGUUCUGUUUGGAGAAUCGCGCGCUAUGCUCUGGUGGGUUGGAAUUUCAAUUACACUGUGUGGAUUGGUUUUACUUCACACGUCAUCCUCAAAAACCGAAGAUUCAACAAAAAAGGAGAACUAACUGACUAUAGACCUCUGGAGACAAACCGAAAAACGUUCAAGAUACCUCCUUCUAUUGUGAAAUAUGCUGGCCGAAAAGCCUGGGCUUCCUUCCCAAAUAACCCCACUUACGUCAAUGGAAAAGAUUUUCAGCCGCAGAAGUUUCUACAACAGAUCUGCCACCGGUGAAUCUACCCUUAAACUAGAACUACUCUCUUUCCAUUCAUUCUUCACUGAUAAAAGAGCGUUACCUUAUUUAUCAAAAAUCAAAUAAAUGGACCAAAAUGUUAGGGAACAGACUGGAAUUUUAUUGUCUGCAUUUAGUGUAUUUUUAAGCAAUACUCUAGGCACUACUUUUUGUUUUCUAUAUAAAAGUAAGGGUCCUUUUACAUGGCAUGAAACUGGGUCAGAGACAAGCGUUGGUUGAUGAUAUCGCUGAUUGGCACUCGUUUAACGGCUUCUGGAUCGCCCAUUGACUACAUCUGUCUGGGCAUUCUGUGCUUAUCCCUGCAGGGAUGUCCUUGGAGAGACUGCAGCAGCGGGACUCCCCAUAGAGAAGGCAAGGAUGGUUUUUCUCCUUUUUUGUAUACACAGUGCUCCGCCAUAAUGAUGGGGCCUUGUCAUAAAAUAUCUACCUCUGGCAGUCCAUGCCAAUUUGUGAUGUAAAUAAGGAUGAAUGUUCCUGGGUUGAUAGCCCCGUCUACUUUCUACCCUUGCCAUGCCCCCUUUUCGUAAACCUGGGUGUUGCUACUUUUGUAAGCCAAAAAAGCCGUAGAGUGAAUGAUAAAUUUCCCCCUAUUUUUUUUCCAACA